GAUAGCUGCAAUGUUUUUUUCUCAACUGAGAACUAUGUGGGUUGGCCUAGGGUGUUCUUUUCCACAUGGCAUAGAUUGUUCUCUUAUAGAAGCCACCAGUAUGGCUAAGGUGAAGUCCUUAUCUCGGUCCCUCUGAGUUUAAGGGAAAUGGCGUUUGGUGGAACUCUGUGGGUGCUGAUAUUAUAUACGACCGUUUUAAUUCACUCCUUGCUGUUUGCAUGGGGAGCUUAUUAUCGUCUUACCAGGACCCAACUGCCUCGAGGAAUGAACGGCCGUGCACUAGUACUACUUAGCGAUCUCAUAGUGGGAUAUAUCAUUAUAUUGGCCAUAUUUGUGGAAAAACUGGGCAUCGGCCAUAGAUAUUCCAUAAUGAGAUCCUUGCGCAGGUUCUCACUAUUAAUGGAGGACUCAGACUUGAUAAUAAAGGACCUGGUUUUCGAUGGGGUGCCGGUGAGGGUGUUCUGGCCCAGGACACUUGCUGGGAACAGGAAAGGAAUCAUCUUCCUUCAUCCAGGUGCUGGACUAUUUGGAAGCAUCCAAGUCUCUGAAAGGCCCUGCCGUUCCUUUGCCAAGCUAUCUGAUUCAGUGGUUGUAAGUGUUGAUUUUCGUUUAGCUCCUGAGCAUCCGUAUCCAGUCCCAGUUCUGGACAGUUUAACUGCUGUAAUACACUUUCUGAAAAAUGCCAAGGAAUAUGGAGUGGACCCCAGCCGUAUUGCCAUUGUUGGGGAGAGUAGCGGAGGCACUUUUGCUACUGCCAUUUGUCAAGAACUGGUGACCAGAGAGGACCUCCCAAGAGUGCGAGCUCAGGUCCUCAUUUACCCAUUCCUCCAAGGAAUGGACUUCAAUUUGCCAUCCUAUCAGCAAAACCAUUCAAUUCCUCCCUUGUUCCGGAAAAGAGCUGCCAAAUUUGGUUUCGCAUAUCUCACUGGGAAGACAAUCAAUGUACCAGUAGAUGGAAUUCUGAAAGGCGCCCAUGUCCCUCCUGUUUUGAGAGAGAAAUACCAAAAAUGGAUCAGUGCUGAUAACAUUCCAGAAGAAUUUAAAGCUAGGGGUUAUGUUCCUGUAGCGCCUGCUCCAUUUUCAGAAGACCUUUAUGAACAAGUUAAAAGAGGCGCUGAGACAAUGUUUUCCCCCCUUCUAGCAGAGGACGACAUAAUCCGCCAGCUCCCAGAGACUUUCAUUCUAACCUGUGAGUAUGAUGUUCUCCGGGAUGAUGGGCUGUUGUACAAGAAGCGUCUAGAGGACAACGGUGUGCCAGUGACAUAUCAUCAUCUUCCAGAUGGAUUGCAUGGAAUAUUGGGCCUUGUUGGUUUGGGGCCACUUGAAUUUCCGAGCUCAAAGAAAUGUAUGCAGCAUGUAGUAGAGUUCUUAAAAGGUUUAUAGAAAUGAAUGACCUUCUUUGUCUUCCAAUGGCAGUCUUCCACUUCUGUGGGGGGGAAUUUUAUUCCUCAUUGUGCCAAUCCCAAAGUAAAAAGAAAAACUCAGUUUUUGUUGUUGCUUAGCUGUUUAGUCGUGUCUGACUCUUCGUGACCCCAUGGACCAGAGCACACCAGGCACUCCUGUCUUCCACUGCCUCCCGCAGUUUCGUCAAACUCAUGUUCGUAGCUUCGAGAACACUGUCCAACCAUCUCAUCCUCUGUCGUCCCCUUCUCCUUGUGCCCUCAAUCUUUCCCAACAUCAGGGUCUUUUCCAGGGCGUCUUCUCUUCUCAUGAGGUGGCCAAAGUAUUGGAGCCUCAGCUUCAUGAUCUGUCCUUCCAAAGUUUUACUCAGUCUAAUUUGUUAGAAUCACCAUGGGCUCCGUAAGUAGGUAAGCAAAGCCCUGUUGGAUCAGGCCAUUGCCCCACUUUGUCCAUAACCCUACUCCCACAAAGACCAAGCAGAUGCCUCUUGAGAUACCCACAAACAGAACCUGGGUGCAAGAGAAGUUUCCCUGCUUAUAAUUCCUAGCAAGCGGCAUUAAUACUGCAUGCAGUAGUGGAGGGAAAACAUACCCAUAGCCUCCUCUUUGAAUUGGCCUAAUCCUCUGUUAAAACUGUCCAAAUGAGUCACCAACAUUACCUGUUGUGUUUGCUAAUUCCACUGAAUAACUUUAGUGCCAGAAUAACUGGAAUAUAUACAGUCAUACCUCGGUUUAAGUACGCCUCGGUUUGAGUAUUUUCAGUUUAAGUACUCCGCGGACCUGUCUGGAACGGAUUAAUCCACUUUCCAUUACUUUCAAUGGGAAAGUUGGCUUCAGGUUAAGUACGCUUCAGGUUAAGUAAAGACUUCCGGAACUGUAAGGGGGAGAGAGUUCAGAGUACCUCCCCCUAUCAUCAAGAGCAGCCCCUCCCUGAGCAGUGAAGGAAGCACAGGCUCGGGGGAGGCUAGUCAGGACAUGGAGAGAGAGUGCCAGGGCUCAGGCAGGAUGAAAGAGCCCAGACUCCACAGGCGGGAAGAGAGAGUAGGGGAAAAGGGGGAGAGGGAAAACAUGGAACGCAGACCCUUUCCUCCGGUUCCGGAAUUACGAAAGAGAAGAAAGGGGAGGAGAUUCAGUGUCCCGCGACUUUUAUGUUGGGGGCGUUCGCGCCGGGGGGCACUUCCGGAUUCUGCAUCGGAGUAAGAAGACAUGUUUCUACACCUAGCUCACUGUAAAUAGAGGCACCAAUAAACACAUUGUGGAAAAGUGACAUGAGGAGUGUCGUUACUCUAGAGUAGUCGCAAGAAUCCCCUGACAGGAACCAAUAGUGUUUGUAAACCGAGGUACCACUGUAGAGUGAUCCCACAUGCGCCUGUUCAGGCCAGAUGUGUACAACUGAAAGCAGACUAGGAUCUACUAAAGUGGAUGAAGGACUGACGAGGUAUGGUUCUGCUGUCCAGUCCCAAUCUUGGUCCCCACAGCCAUUGCCACCACUGAGCAAAGUUUCCCUAUCAUUUUCAAGGACAGCUCCAUGUAAAACACAUUGAGGUAAUCCAAAUGGGAGGUGACCAGUGUUGAUUUUGACAGGAACGUACCGGUAAUGCCGCAGGCAGUGGCGGAGGAAGGGGGCGGGCUGCCCUGGGUGCUCAAGUGGCGCCAUUGGCAAACUGCCCGGAGGCGCAUGUAUGCUGCUAUGUACUACACAUGCACGGUGCUGCUACGCACUGCGCAUGCACUGCCAGGCAGUUUGCCCCGACACCCCGCCCUGGGUGCCGGUUAGCCUUCCUUUGCCCCUGGCCGCAGGACAGCAUCUUCUGGUUGAGAGUCUUAAGUGUAGCUUAGGGAAUGGAAAGUAAACAUCACAGCAAGGGAAAAGACACAGAAGAAGAGCUCUCUUGUGUGACUGACAGGCUCACUUGAAUCAGAGGGAAUUAUCUUACCCGCUCUCUCCAAUUUCAGUGUUUGGUGGAAGGAAAGCUUUGUAAGUGUCCAAGCCAGAACUGUAGCUAAGAGGCAUCUAGGUUUCUGCCCCGGGUGAAGCCUCCAGAGGGGAGCCAUUGAGGCUUCCAGCAUGUCUGGGCUUCAGCUGAAGAAGGCUCAUCUACAAUGCAAUGUAGGGAAAUGGAGAGCUGGAGACUCUGGAGAUGCUGCGUGACUCUCACCAGCAAAGCAGAAGAUAGGAUCCCCUGUGGGUUUGCUACACUGUGAGAAAGAAAUUACGGAGUGUUAAAUAGUGGGAAAGAAGGAUGAAGACACAGCUCUAAAAACAACCAGCUCUUUAUACUAGUUCUGAGUCCCAGACUGAACAGUAGCUUAGCCCAGUGUUUCUCAACCUUUUUUGGGCCACGGCACACUUGUUCCGUGAAAAAAAUCACGAGGCACACCACCAUUUAAAAAGUUAAAAAAAUUAACUCUGUGCCGCCCUAUAUUAUAAUUAUGACUGUAAGAAACACUUGCCAAAUAUUGCUUUCCGGCGGGUCAGCGCUGCCGAGUUCUUAAAAGAUCCGGGUUUCUGAUCCACCCCACCCGACCCCGCCGUCCCGUAUCUUACCCUGUGCGUGUUCUCGGACUUGUGAGAGGACGAUUUGGUCUUCAUGCCUCCGUGAAUUAGCAACAAACUACCUUUUGAAUGAUGGAGAUUGAAUAUUUUAAAAGUAGCUACUUGAAGUCCGCUCGAUUUUCCAAUAAAGAGACACACGUGCGGCACUAUUAGCUGCUGGGGGCUGCCAUCUUGGCUAAAGGAUUCUGGGAUGAUCCUGUCACGUGAGGCAUGGGGAAAAUGGAAAUAAUGAAAGCUGAUUGGUCCCGUGGAAACUAGAAGGGGCGAAGAAAUAGGACGCCCAGGGAGGUGGAGUUUGCAGCUGCAAAAUCGCCCUUCUCAUCGCCGCACGUCGCGGCACACCAGCCAGCGUCUUGCGGCACACUAGUGUGCCGCGGAACAGCGGUUGAGAAACGCUGGCUUAGCCGACUGGCUUAUAUACCGGUAGUACUCAGUAACUUGCAACAGUAACAAACUUCCCCUAGCUACCCAAUCUGUGAACAGCACUCUCAAUCCUUCAUUUGCAUGUUGUGGACCUGAGUGAGAACUGCAGCCACAGUGGGCAGGGUAAGAACUGCAGCCACGGUGGCCAGAAGGAGUACUGCAGUUAACUUAAUACAGUGAUGGGCAACCUUUUGAGCUUGGUGUGUCAAAAUUCGCCAAAAAACCGAGCAUAACUCGGGUGGUGUGUCACUUCAAGAGAAAAAAACAUAAUUUCAUGAUAUUUAUAGUUUAAAUAACAAUAAUGUAUAAUUGUAAUAUAUAACUGUAUUUAAUAAACCAAAAACUAAUUAUUUAAUCAAACCAAACCAAAAACCCCUUAUUUAUCACAAAGUGCCCAGAGUUGUUGAGCUUUUUGGGGGGAGCUGCUGCCCAAAGUUUUGGAGGUUUUUUGGGGUGUGUGUGCAAAAGUUGCUUUGCCUUUGGGGGGUGCCCCAAAGCUGCUGCGCUUUUUUGGGGGGAAAGAGAACAGAAAUAAAUGACGAAUAAUACCUUUGCUGGAACUAACACACAGCACUAACAUAGUCUGCCAAAGCGCCAAAAAACCCAGCACAGAACAGGUUAAAAAUGAACGCUGUUACA